AACAGUGUAGAGACUCCAUCUCUUUAAAAACAAAAGUAUACAGGAGGAUGUGUGUAGGUUAUAGGCAAAUACCAUAUGCCAUUUUAUGUACGUCUCGAGCAUCCACAACUUUUGGUAUCAGUGGGGAUCCUGAAAUGAUAAUCCCCCAUAGAUAAUGAAGGAUGGCUGUACCAGGUCUUAUCUGUGGUCAAGGUACUGCAGUGAGGGGAAGAAGAAGGAUAGAAGGCCCUGGACCAAAAGAAAUAGGACUGAAUUAACAAACCUUGGCUGCCUGCUAGUGAGACCCUCAGUUAUAUCUGAUGUGACACUUGCCCAAAAAACUGGCAAAAUAUUCACAUUAAAAGUCAGCUGAAAGUAGGGUUUCUGCAGGUUCUUCUGAUCUAUGGGCUGGAGGCCCUUCAGUUUCAGAAACAUCAAGGAAGCUGAAAACAUCACCAAGCCCUUGCCCUGGGGAGAGCACAGGCUGCCCCUGGUCUUCGCCACCUCCUCAGUCUGCCACUCUCUUUCUUCCCCUUCAAGACUGAACUUGAAAGAAAGCCCUCAGUCCCUGAUUCUAGUCCUCACCUCCUACUAAGCCUUCCACACACUGUAGGCUGCAAAUUGCCAACACCACUAAGAUUUCGCCUGCAGAAGUAACCAAAGAGACUUCCCUCAAUUCCCAUUUUCCAUGGCCUCUUCUCAGGCAACUGGGCUGAGGAUACUGCCCACUUCCAGAAACUCACUUGUCCUUUGUUUCAAGAACCUUCCUUUCUCCUGCUUUCCUCCUUCCUGCUGCUUCUCACCUCCCAUCAUAAUCUGGUUAAGUGUUCUGAACCCAGGUUUCCUGAGGUCGUCAUCAUCCUGGUUUUACUACCUACUAGCUCUGUGCCUCCCUUUCCUUAUCUGUAAUAGGGAUAGUGAUAGUAGAUAGGGCCAUUGUAAGCAUUAAGUGAGUGUAUAACGUCCGUAUAACAGUGCCUGGUAUGUGGACAUAAGGAACAUGGCUGUGCUGCAGCCAGGCAGGCAUAGGCCGAGGUAAACAUCCUGCAUGACUCAGUGGGAUUGGAGCGCAGGCACACAAUUCCGUGCAUUAUACAAUCACAGUUAUGUAGCCAUAACCUGGGGAGGCUCAUCACCUGGCUCUAAGACACUGUUGUGAGGUGUGUAAAUGCAGCACUGACACUGUGAAAGAGCUGCUGAGUAAAGCCAUGUCCCAUCUACCUGCUGUCUCUCAAGUGUUCUUCCAGCUCCCUGCCCCCCCAUCCACCUACUCCCCUCAGACCUCAGCUGGGGCUUGAACCUGACAUUUGGCAUAGUGGGCAGGAUGAGGUGAGUGGGUCUCCAGCUCCCAGGCUCCCGGGCCGGCUAUGCAGUCACAGCAUGAGCUGUGGCACCCAGUGGCAGCCGUGGUGCGAGGAUGGGCUCUGGUGGAAACAUGGGCGACACUGGACAGGCCCUCCACAAGUGUGGAGAAGGAGCUGAAGCACCUGGAAGUGCACAGCACUGAGGAGUGUGCCUUUGCCAACAGAGUCAGAUGGGCAUUUGUGACUGUGCUGCAAGAAGUGCAUGCCCAGUCUCUGCUGGACGCAACGCAGGGAGGAGGAAAAACCUCCAUUACAGGCUCACCCAGUGGUCUGCCAGAAAAUAGAGCAUGAACAGCCACUGGGCCCCAAGGGUGGGCCUAGAGACCCCCUACCAUAGUGAAGCACAUUUCAUAUAGUGUUUGUACCUCCACUGAGUUGCGGGAGUUAUGUAAGCAGUGCCAGUAGCAUCUGGGGGAGCCCCUCCCUGCCUGAAUUCUCUCUCUCUGGGACAAAGGAGCUGAUCCAUUUCCUGCUCCGCCUCUGAGAUGGAAAAGCUGGCUUCUUUAAUUACAGUGUGGACUGAUGCCAGUGAAAUACCAGAAACUGUCAGUAGAUGGCAGUCGUAUACAGACUUGUGCAAGUCAUUCGUGAAAAGGACAUUGCUGGGUGACUCGGUCCCGCCAGAGCGUUCCAGCUCAAAGAUUACCUGCUGCAGUCAGGCAGAAAUGUAAAGCCUUUCCUGUUUGAUUGGGAACUGGCCAAGGUGCCGGACUUAGGGGGACAACGGACAACCAAAGGCCAUAUGUGGACUCGGCAGUCUACUGGUCCCUAAACCUGAAUACGUUUCCGGGCAGAGCUGCAUUUAUUGACAGUUAUGAAAGCUGGUCAGUGAAAGUGAAACCUGGUACCUUCGGACCUUGGCAUCGGCCGCUUGGCUCCCCGCUUAUGCACUGUGUAUGUCUCUCCCAUGCCUGAGGACAGGCUGGGGUGGAUGUUUUGCACGGCUUGGCAGCUGAGCCAUCUAUCAUGGAUUUGAUAGACCACCUGACAACAGAACUGGGAUGGUGCCACUGUGUGGUGGACUUGGCCAAUGCAUUCCUCUUAAUGGACAUUGCUCCAGAGAGCCAGGAACACUUUGCCUUCAUGGGAGGAUGAUGAUGGACUUUCACAGUGUUGCUGCAGGGAUAUAUGCACAGCCCCAACAUAUGUCAUGAUCUUAUUAAUGAUGUUAUUAUAUUAACCUCUGAUUCUCUUGCAGAUUUAGAAGCAGCAACGCAGCCUCUUGCCUGGAAUUGGGAUGAUGCGGCUGAAACCACCUUCCUGGCAGCCAAACAGGCUAUUCAGCAGGCACAAGCCCUAUGGGUAGCUGAUCGGGGCACCCAUUUAAACUUGAUGUGCAUGUGACCACAGAUAUUUUUGACUGGGGCUUAUGGCAUUGCACAGAGCUCUUUAGAAUGCCAGUAGACUUUUCAUCCCAACUUUGAAAGGGAGCUGAGCUCCGGUAUUCCUCGACAGAGGAGUUAGUAACUGCAUAUGCUGCCCUUUAGACUCAUGACAGCCUGGCAGGACGGGCUACAGUCGUUGUGUGCAUGACUUACCCAACAGUAGGGUAGGUAUGCUCAUAGGUAACAACCCGCACACUGGGAUGGCACAGACAUCCACUUUUGCAAAGUGGGGUGCCUAAGCCUACACGGAACAGCAAAGUAUGCUAAGUCAAGUCCCUUAGCAGCACAAUUACAAGAAGUCUUAGUACCUACUAUCCUAAUGCAAGAUAAGGCUAUGGGACCUGAGGCACCCCUAGACCCUGAGCCUUCAUCUUUUAAGGAAGGGCAUCCCUGCAUUCCCAAUAGGGCGUGGUACACAGAUAGGUCUAGCCAGGGUGCUACUGCUGCCUGGACUGCUGUUGAAGCCCAGCCUAGUACUGACACCCUACGGUUUGAUACCAGGUGUGGACAAAGUAGCUAAUAAGCUGAACUCAGGGCAAUGUAAAUGAUGAUCACCAAGAAGGUGACACCUGUGGUAAUCUGCACCAAUAGCUGGGCAGUUUAUCAAGGCUUAACCUUGUGGCUAACUACCUAGAAGUUACAGAAGUGGUUAGUCACUGACCCAUGUAGGGCCAGGCCAUGUGGCCAGACCUAUGGGAGAAAGGAUGACUUCCUCUAACCAGGUAUGGGGACAAACGGUAACCUGUUGUUGCCUGCCCCAAUGCCCCUAAAGGUAGGGAAGCAAAAAACCUGGCUUAAUAUAUAAAGCAACAUCGGGGUAACAUCACCAUGGGGUGGUUGCCUACUAUAACCUGAAAUUAUUGCUCCCUGUAUUACUACUGUGGCCCGAGUGCCUACAGCUUAUGUGUCAAGCCUCUAUGUAUACACUGGGCCUGUGUGCCCAGAGCCUAUGUGUCAGACUUACAUGUCAAGCCUGUGUGUAUGUAUCAGCCCUGGGUGCCGAAAGUGUAUAUGUCAGGCCUGCGUGCCAAACCUAUAUAUUGGGCCUGUGUACCUAAAAACUUAUGUCUCCCUCGGCCAAGGGGGUGGAGUGUAAGGUAAAAAUGGAUGUGCUUUGGUCAAGAACAGGCUGAGGCAGAUAUGCAGGCCAGUGUGACUCAGCGAGUCUCAAACGCAGGCGCACCACUCCACUUGUUAUAUAACCUGUUUGUGUAAGCUCAUACUUGGCUCACAGCCACUAUUGUGUGUAAAUGGUAUAACUGCCCUGCUGACACUGUACAUAGGACUCAUGCCCAGAGAGAGAGGGAAAAACUGCUGACCUUGGAAGAGAGAACUGGCUGUCUUGCAGACCGACAGAGGGGAGCCAGGAAUUAACAAGUGUGCCAAGGAGUACAGCUGUAAGUGUGGGAGCGGCAGAAGCCACAGAGCCGGUUGCUGAGAAGGGCUGUGGUCGGAGGAGGCACCCGAGACAGAGGCAGACAGUGUGAGAGCUGCAGCAGCUGCUGCUGACUAAAAUCAUAUUUUACCUGUCUACAGCCCCAAGUGUUCUUUCAACUAUCUGCCACCUAUCCAACAACUCCCCUCGGACCUCAGUAUGGGCUGGAACCUGACACUUGGCAUGACAGUGACUUUGGGAUUCCAGAAGACAGAGGUUUGAGAGUAAAAAACAAAAUAACAAGACCACAACAAAAACAACUCUGUAUUCUCGUCCCCACCAUUACCAUCUCCCCUUUGUGAUGUCAAAGAGACCAGAGGAAGUGGACAGACUAGGAGAAGCAUAGGUAAGUAUUAGAGACAGAAAAAGUAUGAAGUCUCUUCUGUGAGGACUAACAAUAGUGAUGCCAUUUUACAACCUUGAUGACUGUGUUCUCAAGAAACAAAGCAAAUGCUAACCCUGCCCUCAGCUUCAACAGAGCGUAACAGCCCUAACCGCAACAGAGCCCAAUGACCCUAACCACAUCUGUCCCCAGUUGGAAAGUCUGCAAACAGUUCCAACUGGCCAGCACUUCCCCAACCCCUCCCCAAUAGGAAGUUUAUUAUAAAAGCCUCAGCUUGUAAGCGAUCAGAGUAUCAGCCAGAUUCCUGACUGGAACUCUUCGCAGGCUUAUUCCUGUGAAUAAACCUGUUUGGCCGUGGAAUUGCCUCCUGUUACUCGCUCUCUUCCUUUAUAUCUUCCUAACAUCUUCCAGCUCUAAUGUUUUGCGUCUCGAUGACCAUCUAGCUCCUAAAUGCUGGGGGCCGCUCCCCAUAGAAAUCCCUCGCCGCAUUUCUCCGCCUCGUAACCAGUGAGGCUGGGAUUUUUGGACCCGGGUUUUGCAAUAAGGGAGUCACCAAGAUGCAGCCACCUCUGGAAUUCCUAGAAAGGAAAGAGUUGCCUGGCUUCAGCCAGUGGGCUCAGAACGGCUGACGCAUUUCCGGCCUUUGCGGUUGAUCGGUCAUUGGGGUGCUGCAGCCCCGCCACCUGUUCCGUAGCUCCCCGGUGCCCCGAAAGUGAGUCUUGGUCCCUGGUCGCGAUCCGCCAGGCUCCCGGAACAUUUCAGGUCUGUGUCUCGAAGUAGGCGGGGAGGGAACGUCUGCGCAGGCGUGACCCACGCCCCUACACAUUCACUGGCCUGAAGUCCCGGUGGAGUAGGUGGAGGUCCCGCCCCUGAUCCUGAAGGUUAAACAGCCUUUCCUUGUCUGAGAUAACGCCCGGAGCUCUUUGUCCUGCCUCCAAGACGAUUAAGGAGGGCAGACACAAAAGGUGUCUUCUAAGGAAGAUUAAAUCAGAAAAUUUUAAAUCACAGUUAUCCUUUCACCUAAAGCCAGAGUAAGCCUUCUAAAUUAACCCCAGGAAUGGCUUCAACAGAGGAACAGUACGAUCUUAAGAUUGUGAAAGUGGAGGAAGACCCUACCUGGGAUCAAGAAGCCCACCUUCAAGUGAACAACUUUUCUGGCCAAGAAGCCUCCCGACAACUUUUUAGGCAGUUUUGUUACCAAGAGACUCCUGGUCCCCGAGAAGCUCUGAGCCGGCUCCGAGAACUUUGUCGUCAGUGGCUAAGGCCAGAAAUCCACACCAAAGAGCAAAUCUUGGAGCUGCUGGUGCUGGAGCAGUUCCUGACUAUCCUGCCUGAGGAGCUCCAGGCCUGGGUGCGGGAGCACCAUCCAGAGAGUGGGGAGGAGGCUGUGGCUGUAGUCGAAGAUCUGGAACAAGAGCUUAGUGAGCCAGGGAACCAGGCUCUAGACCAUGAACAUGGACAUUCUGAAGUGCUCUCAGAGGAGGUGGAACAUCUGAAGGUCAAGCAGGAACCAACAGACAUCCAGCUUCAGCCUAUGGUGACACAGCUCAAAUAUGAAUCUUUUCGCCUCCACCAAUUUCGAGAACAAGAUGGUGAAAGUAUACCUGAGAACCAAGAGUUGGCAUCAAAGCAAGAAAUCUUAAAAGAAAUGGAACAUUUGCGGGAUAGCAGACUCCAAAGAGACGUAUCUUUGGAUUCUAAGUACAGAGAAACUUAUAAACAAGACAGCAGGGCAGAAAAGCAGCAGGGCCAUUCCACUGCAGAGAGACGCCACAGGUGCAAUGAAUGUGGGAAAAGCUUCACUAAGAGUUCAGUACUCAUUGAGCACCAGAGAAUCCACACUGGGGAGAAGCCAUAUGAAUGUGAAGAAUGUGGGAAGGCCUUCAGCCGGAGGUCAAGCCUGAAUGAACAUCGGCGGAGCCACACUGGAGAGAAACCCUAUCAGUGUAAGGAGUGUGGGAAAGCCUUCAGUGCCAGCAAUGGCCUCACUAGACACAGAAGAAUCCACACAGGGGAAAAACCAUAUGAAUGCAAAGUGUGUGGAAAGGCUUUCCUUCUCAGCUCAUGCCUUGUUCAGCAUCAGAGGAUACACACUGGAGAGAAGCGCUAUCAGUGUCGUGAGUGUGGCAAAGCCUUCAUUCAGAAUGCAGGGCUUUUCCAGCAUCUCCGAGUCCACACUGGUGAGAAACCCUAUCAGUGCAGUCAGUGCAGUAAACUCUUUAGUAAGCGGACCCUUCUUAAGAAACAUCAGAAAAUCCACACUGGAGAGAGAACAUGAGUGUGAUGAGUUUGGAAAAGCCUUCAGUCAUCAUUGCAACCUUAUUAGGCAUUUUAGAAUCUGUACUGUUCCAGCAGAACUAGACUAAUUCUGUGGACCCUCAGACCCCUAAAUGGGGCCAUCUUGGAAAGUAAGAUUUUCAAGUGGCUUAUUCUGUUCAUAUAAAAUUUAUUUUGCAUUGCAGUGAACCACUUGUCUACAAACCAGGUGUUGGUGCCUCCUGUGUGGAUGACUGUGAUUGUAGGGGGUUGCUGGGUGGCCUUCUUAUUCCCUAUCCUUUGGUCCAUUUCUAAUGAUUUCCUUUAAAGGGACCAAAUCUUAUCUGGAAAUAAAUUGUUAUGGAGGGGCUGUUCUUGAGCAAUACUGAGCAUUGAACAAUUCUAAAAGACCAGUAUCUAUGUAUACUUUUUAAAAAAAGAUUGGCUAAGAUCAAAGGAUAUUCAGAGGUGCAUCUUUUUCUGUAAGAGUGACAUUUUAAACAAACAUAAGGUUUUUGGAAAUAAGAAUUUUCCACAUUCCCACAGGAAAUCAUUGCUAUGGUCUCCCCUAGGAAUGUGAUAGAUAGCUUCUGUAAGCAGCAUUAUCCAUGGUAUAAAACCUGUAGUUUUAAUGGUUUAGAAAUCUAUGUCUCGGCCAGGUGAUUACAGGUGGUGGCUCACGCCUGUAAUCCCACCACUUUGGGAGGCCAAGGCCGGCGGAUCACGAGGUCAGGAGAUUGA